AUGGACGAGUUUGACAGGAUUGAACAGAACUAUAAUCAUGUAUGCAGUACAAUAAACCGAAGGAUUAAACAACUUCCCAAUUUCACAGGAGAGAGGAAGAAGGUUGCAAUAAGGGAAGCAGAACAAGAUAUAAAUGAAGCAAUACAAUAUAUAAAUGACAUGGAAAGGAAUUCCCAAACUCAUCCACAACGUGUAAAGGUUCAACAAAAGAUUAAACAGUACCAAACUGAUGUACAGAGAUUCAAAAGAGAGGUACAACAAGCAUCAACUACAUCAACAAAUGAUAACUACAACAAUAAUGGUAUAAUCAAUGGUUUCUCAAAUGCUCCAGAGGAUUAUCAAUCACAAUAUGAGAACCAGAGACAACAUCUGUUAGGAGGUUACGAGACUGUCAAUCAGAGUGGUGACAGGUUGAUGAGGGCACAUCAGGUAUCGGCAGAGAAUGAAAUAAUUGGUGAGAGUAUAUUGAUGGACAUGAGUCGUCAAGGUCAACAACUAAGGGGCAUGAAGGGAAAGCUGGAAGAGACUGAUGAUAAUAUUAAGACUGCUAGGAAGGUUAUUAGCAGUAUGGCUCGUAGAGUAGUGACCAAUAAGGUCAUCUUAACAUUCAUCAUCUUGUUGCUACUUGGUAUAAUCAUUUUGAUUGUUUGUCUAAAGUGGCUACGAUAG